GGGCGGGAAGGGGAGGGGGAAGAAAGAGAAAGAGAGGGACGGAGGAUGCGGUGGUGCUCCGGGCCUGGCUGGGGGGCGCCGCCAAUGGCGCUGUUCCCGCCGGCGGCGCUGCUGCUGCUGCUGCUCCCCCUCCCGCCUCUUUUCCAAGGGGCGUCCGGGGAUCCGUGCGCCGCCUCGCCUUGCUCUUGCCGGCGAGGUGUGUUGGACUGCAGCCGCCUCCGCUUGUCCGGCCUGCUCUCGCCUUUGCCUCGCAGCGGUGGCCCCUCCGCGAGAGAUUUGAGUCAUUUAUUAUCUUCUAACUGGAGCAUUGAUUCACCGGGUCAAACACUACAAGAAGUAAAAAUGAAUUACAAUGAGCUAACUGACAUUCCAUACUUCGGUGAAUUAACUUCUAAUAUCACACAACUCUCGCUAAUGCAUAAUACAAUCUCAGAGAUUGUCCCUGAUCAGCUACAGCAUUACAUUUCCUUGGAGAACCUCGACCUCAGCUCUAACCUAAUCUCUGAAAUCAAAGCCUCUUCAUUCCCACGGAUGCAGCUGAAGUAUCUGAAUCUGAGCAACAACAGAAUCACUACUCUGGAAGCAGGCUGUUUCGAUAACUUAACCAGCUUCUUAAUCGUUUUGAAACUAAACAGAAACAGAAUAAGCAUGAUUCCACUGAAGACCUUCAGGUUGCCUCAUGUACAGUUAUUGGAACUUAAAAGAAACCGAAUUAAAACAAUAGAGAGCCUUACCUUCCAAGGCUUGGACUCCUUAAAAUCAUUAAAAAUGCAGCGGAAUGGAAUUAACAAGCUAAUGGAUGGUGCCUUCUUUGGACUGGAUAACAUGGAAGAAUUAGAACUGGAACAGAAUAACCUGACAGACAUAAACAAAGGUUGGCUGUAUGGUUUGAAGGCAUUACAGCAGCUCUAUAUCAGCCAAAAUGCCAUUAACAGGAUCAGUCCUGAUGCGUGGGAGUUCUGCCAAAGGCUUUCUGAGCUUGAUCUAUCAUACAACCAGCUGACCCGCCUGGAUGAAUCUGCUUUUGUUGGACUGAGUUUAUUGGAGAGAUUAAAUUUGAGUGACAACAGAGUCAGUCAUAUCGCAGAUGGUGUCUUUAAAGGACUUUCAAAUCUGCAGUCUUUAGACUUGCGAAAUAAUGAGAUCUCCUGGGCCAUAGAAGACUCAAAUGAAGCAUUUGUUGGACUUGACAGGCUCAAUAAAUUGAUUCUGCAAGGAAACCAGAUUAAGUCAAUCACAAAGAGAGCAUUUUCUAGCCUUCAGGCUCUUGAAUAUCUAGAUUUGAACAACAAUGCAAUAAUGUCUAUUCAAGAAAGUGCUUUUUCCCAGCCUCUUCUUAAAGAACUGGUAUUGAACACUAGCAGCUUACUGUGUGACUGCCAGUUGAAAUGGCUGCCCCAGUGGCUUAACCACAACCAUUUGCAGGAUGCUGUCGGUGUCACUUGUGCCCAUCCCGAAUGGCUGUCUGGCCAGAGCAUCCUCAGUGUAAACCCUGAAGACUUCAUCUGUGAUAACUUUCCUAAGCCACAGAUCAGAGCGCAUCCUGAGACUGCCAUUGCACUAAGAGGCACCAACGUCACCCUGACUUGCAAGGCGGUGAGCAGCAGCGAUUCGCCUAUGUCCACCACCUGGAGAAAGGACAGUGAAAUACUGUAUGAUGCAGACAUUGAGAAUUUUGUCAGGUACCAGCAGCAAGAUGGUGAAGUACUGGAGUACACUACUCUCCUACACCUUUUCAAUGUGAACUUCACUGACGAAGGAAAAUACCAGUGUAUCAUCUCCAAUCACUUUGGAUCUAAUUAUUCCAACAAGGCCAAGUUGACUGUCAAUGAGCUGCCUUCUUUUGUGAAAACUCCAAUGGAUCUAACAAUCCGGACUAGAGCUGUAGCUAAAUUGGAAUGUGCUGCAGAAGGCCACCCGCCACCUCAGAUUUCCUGGCAGAAAGAUGGAGGCACAGACUUCCCUGCAGCUCGUGAAAGGCGCAUGCAUGUGAUGCCAGAAGACGAUGUCUUUUUCAUAGCAAAUGUGAAAAUAGAAGAUAUGGGCAUCUACAGCUGCAUGGCACAAAAUGUGGCCGGGAGUCUAUCGGCAAAUGCCACAUUGACAGUGCUAGAAACACCUUCAUUUGUCAGGCCCCUGGAAGACAGGACUGUGGCCCAAGGUGAAACAGCAGUGUUGCAGUGCAUUGCUAGUGGCAGUCCUGCCCCUCGCCUUAACUGGACCAAAGAUGAUGGGCCUCUCGCAGUAACAGAACGACAUUUUUUUGCUGCCGCCAAUCAACUCCUCAUCAUUGUAGAUGCUGGAUCAGAGGAUGCUGGCAAAUACACUUGCAUAAUGUCCAAUACACUUGGCACAGUGCGUGGCCAUAUUUACCUGAAUGUCAUAUCCUCACCAAACUGCGACUCUUCCCAAACUUCUCAAAGUGGCAUGGAAGAAGAUGGUUGGACGACAGUUGGCAUUGUGAUAAUUGUUGUAGUCUGCUGUGUUGUGGGCACCUCAUUGAUAUGGGUUAUUGUUAUCUACCAUAUGAGAAGGAAGAGUGAAGACUACAGCAUCACUAGCACAGAGGAGGUAAAUUUACCUACUGACAUUCCCAGUUACUUAUCCUCGCAAGGGACUCUGUCAGAUCCACAGGAAGGCUAUAGUAAUUCUGAAGCAGGAAGCAACCAGCAACUUAUGCCUCCCUCCAACGGAUAUGUGCACAAAGGCACAGAUGGUGGCACAGGGUCAUUGGUAAUCUGCUCAGAUUGCUAUGACAAUGCCAACAUCUACUCCAGAACCAGAGAAUAUUGUCCUUAUACAUACAUCACCGAAGAUGACCCACUUGAUCAAACGCUUUCCAGCCUAAUGGUGCAGAUGUCUAAAGAGCCCUAUCCAGUAUGCCCCCAGCAUGAAGCCAUCACUCUGGAUAGUCUCUCAGGUGACAGAGACAUGUCUGUUUUCCUUAACAAUCAAGACAGACUACAUGAGAGGAAGCCAUGCUCUCAACCAUGCAGCAGUGAUCCGUUUCAGCUGCCUUUAUGGGGCAUCAAUAAAGAUAUGGGAUCAUUGCAUCCUCACUUCUCAACUCAACCAAAGACCCAUGAGGUGCCUCGAGUUCUGCAAAGUGAAUGCAUCACAGAGACUGAACGUGAGCAAGCUAUUUCCCCCAAACCUUGCCACAGGUUACAUGAACAUAACUUUGACUUUAACAGGACUCGGAACAUACAGGAACAUCAUGAAGCUACAUAAAAUGCAUCAAAAGUAAGAAGCCGCCUUAGCUGCAGGCUUGGAGUUAACAGUAUCUUUACUACCUCAGGUUUGGCCUCAUGGUCAAAGAUGUUCCAUGCUUGCAACAGAGGCUUACAGAACAAUCUUAGGCAUCUCUAGCCAGAAGUAAGUCUCUUUCAAGUUAAAUGGGUCCUACUCCCAGGUGUGUAUGUGUAGCAUUGCAGCAUCAGUGGACAAAAUUAGUGACUACAAGCUACAAGCAAAGAGGGAGAAAGGAAUGACAGAGUCCUUUCCUUCUGUUCUGCAUAAGAUGUGCACAAGGCUCAACAGUCUAAUGAACUGAAUGGUGGGCAGAAAAGAAUUAAGGAUACACAGCAAUUGACAUGAUAAAUGAGAGGUUUUUGUUUGCCUGGGAGCAGUCCCUUGAAAGCUUCACAGAUGUUUCCUGCUGAAGAAAUAAACUUUUAAGAGCCCAUUUUCAGGAUCCCUCAGUAAUUGUAAGCAUGAAGCACUUGAUUGACUUAUUUUCUCCUUCUGAUGACUAGCUGGGACUCAUAUCAUUGUGCCCAAUCGCAAACUUACUCUACCCUUUCUGUGACUAAAAUCCUUCAGUUGUAAAUACAUUUGCGUAAUAUAAAUAUUUUGUAUACACUACUAAACACAUUCAGGCUGAAAUGUUUUAAAACAACAACAACAACACUAUGCCGAAAACUACAUAUUGUCCUGUCAUUUGGACAUUUGCUGACCUGAUACUAUAAAUGGCUUGUUUCCUAGGAUUGAAGGCUUGAGGGCCAGUUCUUACAAUAAUGUUUUGCACACGAUGGUUAUAAUUACCAUAUGAUACUUCAUUAGUAGAAGUUUUCAUUGUGUGAUGGCUCUCCACACGUUUUUGUCGUAGGUGUGGGUAGUAACUAUCUUGCAUGGGGCUUUCAUGUGAACUGGUCCAUACCAGGGCAAGCCCAAGUCAUUGUGCUACCUGAGGUGGAAGGAAAACAUGGUGCCCCUGCCCCUUUUCUGUACAGAAGCCAAGUGGAUUGAUGGUUGAACAUUGGCAGUGGGCAACAUCCCUGUCACAUCUGAGGGCAACGGACUAGCUAAGAAGUGCAGGGUAAGCCAUGGGGGCACUCAAAUGUAUGUAUUCCAACACUGCACUGCUGCUACCCUUUCCCCAGCUUCUGCUGCCUGAGGCAGCCAUCUCAUUCUACCUAAUGGUAGGGCUGGCCUUGCAGAGGAGCAGAAACAAGGUUAGAGAUACGCAAUUUGGGCACCAAACUUAGCUCAAGUGUUUUCCUGUGUCAGUUAAUGUUGAAAGUCUCAGGUAAAUGAGCUGUCAAGUUGGGUGAUUUUCUAAAAUUCACACUGCUGUGAAAGAUUAACACCAUGGCAGCACUAUGUCCUAGAGAUUAGAAAGAUGGAAGUGAUAAUGUCUGUAUGUGGAUGAGCUGUCAAAGGUUCGGUAGAACUUUUAUAUCUCAAAUAAUGCUUUCCGGUGAGAUCUGAGAGAGAUCAAGUGUCGGACAUAACAUGGGUCUUCAGAUUUAAUGAGGCAAACACCUGUAGCUAGCCAUAGAGGAAAUCUUGGUUAUUCCAGCUGUCACAGCAGGAAUGGAAAGGAAUUUCUCACCCUUCAAACAUGCUGUUGUACCCCAAAUUGUCUCCUAUAGCACAUGAUCAAAAGUAAGGGGAUUUGGGGAGAAAUUGCAAGCAAAGGAAUGUUAACUCAGGGUAAAGAAGGCCACACUAUUGGUUUUUACUAAUCUUAACAUGCUGUGACAUUUUGGGGUUCUAGAGUGCAGUUUGAAGACAUCUUGCAAGCUGUAAAUAUGGAAUUAGAGAUAAUUAUAUUAUCUAUGGCCUGGUAUUUUCUAACGUCGGAACAAAACACAUGAAAAACUAUAUGUGCAGAUUAGCCACAACCCAAGUUCCAUGCAGCAGUCUUUCCUUACAGCCCAGUAAAAUGUGUUACCUGGACUGUUUGGGUGUCAUUUUAUAUUAAGAUGAUGUGGGUAAGAAAAGCCUGUUGGGACAAUCAACACCCUAGUUAAUUUAACUAAUUUGCAUACAGCUCAUUAUGAAUCAGACUGGGCCAGGUUGAUUGCAGGCUUCCUUUCAGUAGUUAGAAUUCUGGGAUUCUCUUAUGGCUGUGUAUCCUCUUACAUGAAGCCAGAGUUCUAGCUGAGAACAACUGUACUUUCUUAUUCCUUUGUACUUAAGAAUCCCCAGAGGGCUUGUCCCAGUUACAGCAAGAGCCCAGCCAGGUACCUAAGCUAUACAAGUGCAAACUCAUUUCAUGGCAGUUCCUUGCCUUUAUUUUAUUGGCAGUAGUGGAUAGUGCCAACUCUCAUGCUGCUUAUUCCUGCUUUAUAUUACGCCCCAAAGUCUUACAGGGUUCUAAAGCAGGGGCCUUCAAAAGUGUCUUAAACAUCUAAAGCCAAGUCCGCAAGAAACCUAAAUCCACUCUUUCUCGGAGCAGAGAGAUGUAGCCAUCUAUCUUUGUCUCUGCCAGGUGUUUGCUUCACAGUACUGAAUGUAUAUGAUCAGCAUUAGAGUAUCACUGCUAACUGCCGCCUCCUUCACUGCUUGAUGCCUUAUUGUCUGUGAUAGCCCAUAUCUGAUCUAUAGCAGCAAAAGUGAAAAUACUGGAUAUGCAAUAUUUGGGUGGGGAGGGGUCAGGGAGGAGGAGACCCAUUCAAUCAUUCACAGAACAAAGGCACUUUGGUCUCAGAUGUCAGGGGAUUUGGUCUUAGGCCAAGAGUUGUGCAAGAUAAGUGUCUUUCAUUUAGACAGCCCCUUGUGAAGUACUGUGUGCUUUUAAGGGUAAGAGUAAUGCAGUAGCUAAAGCUGAUCUGGUCUGCUUCACAUCUUUUGAAGAAAGGGCAGCUGGCAUGAAUUGCUCUUUUGUAAUCCAAGUCAAAAGUGUGUCAUGAUGCACACUGUGGUUAAAAUCAUUCAUUAAUGGAAGACUGUACUGCAGUGGUAUCUCAUGUUGCUGAUUCUGCAUGUACAGCAGCACAUGCCUCCAGUUAAAGCAUUCCUUUCCUGCCUGAUGUAAAGCAGUUCAAGUAAAUGAGCACUUGCAGCUCUCUUCCCAUCCCCACCCACCCACCCUAAAAAAGUUAGGGCAGCUUGACUUUCCCAUAGAAAAUCCGGUAUGCCUUAUGCAGGUUUUAGGAAAGAGGCUGGCAAAGUGUACAGUGACAGGGUCUCAUCAUGUAUCUACAUGCAUUACUGGAGUGAGAUAUGCCCAGGAUUCAAAUGAGCCAUGGCAUAAAUGGUGCUGAGUGCUCACACUAGAAACUUAAAAGCCUAAAUACAGAGAGAAAUUUACCAGCCCAAGCCUUUUCAUCCGUCACUCAACUUUUAGUGCUUUACCAUCGUGGCAAGAUGGUUGUGUAAAGUCAUUCACACAGGUUUAGCGGAGUGAUGGGAUUUAGCAGUAGAGCUGGAUCUUUGAGCUGAGAAUAUUCCUGCACGCAGAGGAAAGAAUCUUAAGAAUUGUGAAGUGCCUCAUUCUAUGUGUGGUAUAAAUUGUGGGGGGCGGGGGGGACUCCUUGGGUGAUUUUUUUCUCUCAUUCUAAAAUAAAAGUCACUGUAAGGGAUAUUGUUUGGGAUUGAAGCAAGGGCACUUAAUUUUGAAACAUGCUUCACCCAUCUCUUCACCCAACAUGUUUAAAUUGCUGGGAGGAAAGUUUUUUCCACUGACUAAUACUUCAAUUUUUGCCAAUGCCAAAGUAAUUGUAGCUGGACAUUUCCAAGGCAGCACAAACCAAUGCCUCCUUGCUUGCAGCUGUCAUUUCCUUGUAUCUAUUUAUAUUUUUCUCACUUAUCAGAAUGUAUAUUUUGUAUAGCAUGUGUAAUAUGUUUGUCUAUUGUAAUAUACCUUCAUCCAAUAAAGAGACACAGCGAA